AUGUCGAAGGAAGUGAGUGGAUCGCUUUUGCUAGCAUGGCAAGUUAAGGGGAAACACUGUUUGGUGAUUGGAUCGGGUGACGUUGCGCUUAGCAGAAUCAACCAUUUGAUCAGGGCCAAUGCAAAGAUCACGGUGAUAACUGGCGGAGGCCAUAUCCACGAGGAUAUUGUCAAGCUCCACGAAGAAGGGGUGAUAUACAAUUUGGUGAAGAGAAAUUACGAAUCGAGGGAUUUGAAAAUGUAUGAGAAAACGUCUAUUGAAUUAGAUGGAAUCGAGAAAUUGAUAAAUCCGAGCCAUUAUGAAGAAAUAAGACAAGUUGUUGAACACGAAGUUUUCGCAAACGUUUGUUGUUGCAUUGAUGAUUAUGAAUUGUCAGAGAGAAUCUAUUACCAGUGUAAAUUUUUGCGGUUACCGGUCAAUAUUGCUGAUAAACCUCCAUUAUGUGAUUUUUAUUUUGGGAGUAUGUUUAAUCAGGACAAUUUACAGAUUAUGAUUAGCACUAAUGGGAAAUCACCGAGAUUGUCAAAAUUGAUAAAAGACAAUAUUGCAAGACAGUUUGAAGGAAUUGAUUUGAAUAAGGCGGUGGAGAACUUGGGGUUAAUUCGAUCUUGUUUGCGGUCAAAUAUCGUGAUUGAUGAUGAUUUGAUUAGUAUUGAUACUAGAAUGAAUUGGAUUAAACAGUUGACUGAUUAUUUCUCUUUAAAAGAAUGGAGUCAUUUCAAUUUAACUGAUGAAAAUUGUAGGAAAAUUAUAUCUUACUUUCCUGAAUUUCCUCCUAAAGAUUAUCAAGAAUUUGAAAAAAUUAUUUCUAAUUAG